AUGAAGAACGUGGAAAAGUACGAAAUUCGAAGGAUUGUCUCCGAGCAUUCUUGUUCGGUUGACGACAGAGCAGGAUACGAAGAACAAGCAACACAUACUGUCAUUGGACAAAUGCUUAAGUCAAGGUUUACAGGGAAUGGGUGUGGGCCACGACCAAACGAGAUCAUGCAAGUCAUGCUAGGCGAUUACAAUAUUCGGAUUUCUUAUUGGAAAGCUUGGCGAUCAAGGGAAGUAGCGCUACAAUACGCAAAAGGGGCAAAUGCUACAUCAUAUCAAUUGCUUCCCGAUUACUUACAAAGACUCGUUGUUGCCAAUCCUGGAACAGUGGCUGAAAUGCAUACAGUUUAUGAAGCUGGAGUUGGUCAUCGAUUCAAAUACAUGUUCCUUGCACUUGGAGCAUGUAUAAACGGUUUGAAGUAUAUGCGUAAUGUCAUCAUCAUAGAUGGAGCACAUUUAAGAGGAAAAUAUGCUGGAUGCUUAUUGUCUGCAUCAGCCCAAGAUGGCAAUUACCAAGUUUUUCCUAUCGCAGUAGGAAUAGUGGAUGGUGAAAAUGACAAAGCGUGGGAAUGGUUUUUUAAAAUGCUUCUGAAGUUCAUCCCUAACGACAAUGAUAUUGUUUUUGUUUCAGACAGACACUCUUCCAUCUACAAUGGGUUAUCAAAGAUUUAUCCGGCAGCAAAACAUUGUGCAUGUGUUAUGCACCUGAAACGGAACAUCCGGACAUAUUUCAAAAACAAGAACCUUGGUUACUUGGUGGGGAAGGCAGCUCGAGCAUUUCAACUUAGUGAAUUUAACACCAUAUUCAAUGAAAUCAAGAACAUUAACGGUUUGUGUGCGGAAUAUUUAAUUGGUAUUGGUUUCCAACAUUGGGCACGUGCGCAUUUCGAUGGAAAUCGGUACAACAUUAUGACAAGCAAUGUUGCGGAGACAUGGAACUCCGUUCUCCGGGAAGCACGAGAGUAUCCAAUUGUGGCUUUGGUAGAGUAUAUCAGAUCCAAACUUAUGAACUGGUUUGCGGAAAGACGUAAUGUCACAGCGGUUGGUAAUGGAAGGUUGACGGCACGGGUUAACGAGAUUUUAGAAGGAAAUUUUGAAAACAGCGGAGGGAUGCUUGUCAGACGGAUUAACAAUGUUGAGUUCGAAGUGAAAGACAAAGUUGGCUCCUCAUAUCACGUCAACCUUCUUGAAAAAACUUGCAGUUGUUUUUCAUUCCAGAAGCUCCUCAUACCUUGCUCCCAUGCUAUUGCUUCAGCAAUCAAUGAAAAAGUUCGUAUAGAGUCCCUAGUAUCUGACUUUUACAGUCUUGAAACUUUGACCUCCGCAUAUGCCGAAGAUAUUGUGCCGAUAACCACCGAAACAGAAAUAAGAGAAGGCAUAUUCGGAAAGGAAGGAGAGUCGGUCAUAAUAUUUCCUCCAUCAAGCAGGCGACCUCCAGGUAGACCUCGGAAGAGCAGAAUAUUGUCAACGGGUGAAAUACGGAUGAAAACUCCAAGAAGAAGACAUAUAUGUAGCCGUUGCAAGGGGAGCGGUCACAAUAAAGCAACUUGUAAAGUUGCAAUAUAA